AUGAAUUCAAUUAUUAAAUUAUUAUUUAUCUUUGCUUUAGCAUUUGCUUUAGUUUCAAAUGUUAAUGCAAUUGACACUGAACCAACCUUAAAAAACAGCCAAGUCGAUAAAUGGUGCAGAACUUUAAGCGCAUUAAAAUGUAGCUUUUCCAACCUCUGUUUCUACGACCCAUAUGAACACAAAUGUAAAGAAAUGAGAUUAAAAUAA